UGUUAUGUCCUUCAGGAAAUACAUAAGUUAAAAUAUUUCAUGUCUAAAAUGUAUUAGCGUCUGACAAUCUUUGACUUAACGAUCCGUGUGCUAAAAUCGUGCUGUAACCUUUUUAAAAUCUUUGUUUUAAAUUUGGAAAGAGUUAAGUAUCCGAUAUUAUUAGGUGUUAUGCAACCAACACGUUUGAACCGUGCGGUUGAGCAAUUCGAGUUGUACUCUGAGCUUUAAUAUUAGCUAGCAGUGCUAACAGACUAACACACACACACAAUCAUACCCGAGUCUUGACAGACUUUUUUUUUUUUAUCAGAUUUUCUCCAGCCUUUAAUCCGAACAAAGUGUACCUUUACGGGUUUUCGUUAGUCGCCAGAUCACUUUGUUACAGGUUAGUGUUAAAACGAUGUCUUUUUUAACCGCAGCACGGAGAUUAGUCGGGCUUUCACGGAGCUCCUGGAAACUUUCAAGGGGUGCCAAUAAUUCAGCGAAAUCUUUAUCGUCGCUGAGCUUCAUUUGUAAACGAGGCAUAACCUCCUGCAGUAACGUGCAGCCUCUCAGGUCAGAAAACAAGGUGACGGUUAAUUUCAUCAAUCGUGAUGGAGAAAAGAUCACCGUCAAGGCUUCCCCUGGUGACACACUAUUAGAUGUUGUUGUUCAACAAGACCUUGAUAUCGAUGGAUAUGGAGCAUGUGAGGGAACUCUAGCUUGUUCCACGUGCCAUCUUAUCUUUGAAGAGGAGGCAUAUAAACAGCUUGGCCCAAUUAGUGAUGAGGAAAUGGAUAUGCUGGAUCUUGCCUACGGCCUUACAGAUACGUCUCGUCUGGGUUGCCAGAUCUGCCUAACAAAAUCUCUGGACGGCAUGACAGUGCGUGUUCCCGAGAGCGUGGCAGACAUUAGACAGUCAGACGGCUCUGCCUAGUCUCUUUAACCACCUCGUGCCUGUCUGCCUACCAUAAACCAAUGUAAAUUGAUCAUGGGAAAAGGGAAAAUGUGAUUGGAUUAAUUGAGGAAAGUGUCCUGAUGUAAGAAAUCAUACUUUUGUCUAGACCCUUUAUGUCUGUAGCAUUGGGAUUAUAGAGCUACAUGGAGGUUGUGAUCAAUUUAUCAAUACAUCUUUAAGAAUAAGCUGUAAAUUUUUGUGAAGGUUUCGUAUAGUAAUAAAAUAGUUAAGACAGAAUUGAAAACAAAAAUGCAAAAACUUUUUUUAAGAUAAAAAAAAACCCAAGACAUAUUAUUAUGGUGAGUUGUAAGUGCAAAACAAAUAAAAAAAAGGAACAGCAAAUCAGAAAACCAAACUAAAUUAAAAACAACAUAAAACCAGAAUCAGCAGAACAAAUGAUUAGCUGCAGCAUGCAUCAUUCAUAGAUACUGUGAAAAAUGGAGGACUCGAGCAUGUUUACACUAAGGUGCUUUUAUUUAUGCUUUGUUUGGGCAUUUAUAUUAUGUUAAUUAGCUCAACUGUCAAUUUGUCAAGACAUCAAUGUGAAAUUAAUGUGAAUGAAUGUGAAAAAGUAUGUGUACGCUAAAACGCAUCAGAAGAAAGCAAUUUUGCUUGAUUACUUGGAGGAUAUGUAAUUAUUUUUCUUAUGAUAAUCAUUUUUAAAUUAAUGCUACUGUGCUUCUGAAUUUGCUGUUGCUUUUUUUUUUUUUUGGUAGUAUCUUUUUCACUUACAUUCCACUGUGGUUUAGAGAUUUCUAGUUAGUGGUUUUGCCAAGGCAUGCAAUGGAUUUUCUCACUAGUACUUUGGACAAGAAUUAAACACAUACAGUA